CUUCUGAAGAAUGCUUUUAUAAUUUCUAUAGGGAUUACAACAUUUAUCGGAAACUCUUUGAAUAUAAAAACGCGUAUGACAAGUGAUUUAAAGGCUUGUAGCACAUCGUAAUUUAACAUUUAAAGUUAGUUUUCCCUCGAUAUUGUCCAUAUUGAGCAGUGGCUGUAUUUUUCUAGUUUAACAUUGUUCGUUAAUUUGAGUGUGUUCAGGUGGAUUAUUGUCAAACAUGAAUGUAAUUAACAUUACCGACAACCCUUUCAAGCCAAACGUUGCGAGGAGAAGCGUUCAGACGGUGCCGAGUACAUCAGAUCGGCGUCAAGAUGAACAGGCGUAAACAGCCGUUGCAGACGGCAUCGCAUGCAACGCAAAAGAAACCUCGCCGUGUUAAAAUUUCAAAAAACCUAGCCCCUCCUCUAAUGGCACACCUAGGAUACCAAGGUGCGCGUCACUUGCAUCCCCAGCGUCUUCCAACCAAAUCAGCGGAGAAGACGGUGUCGGUCCGACUUCUUGACCUUGGAAAUGAGACCAUCGAAAACGUACAGAAAAUUGCCGAGACAGUGAAACGACUGAUGGUUCCGGGACUGUGUUUGAAAUCCAUCCCCGAAAACUUAACGGACCGACUUGUAGUGCUUGAAAAACUUGAUUUAAGUAAUAACCAGUUGUCCGAUGGAAGUUUACCGGAGUCGAUGAAAAGGUUAGAACAUUUAGUGGAAUUAAAUCUGAAUACGAAUAAUUUUACAAAAGUUCCACCGGCUCUCAAAAAAUUGAAAUCCUUAUCAAGGCUUGAUCUCAGUGAAAACAGUAUUGAUAGUCUGAAUGGAUUGGAUAAACUACGUAAAAUCCAGAUACUAGUCGUAGAUAAUAACAAAUUGACUUCAGUUUUUAAGGAAGUUUGUCAUCUGAAAAGGCUGGAGAUUUUUCGGUGCAGAAAUAACUAUGUUAAGGAUAUCGGCGUUGAAAUUCGGCAGAUGAAACAGCUUAGAGAUUUGGAUAUCUCUAACAACAAAUUAUCAAUUCUUCCAACCGACGUUUUGCUUCUUCCGAGUUUGGAAACACUGAAUGCUAGUCGAAACAAAAUAACGAAGAUUCCAGCUUUCAACAUUAAAUUACACAAUCGUCACUAUGUGUCGGAAAUUGAUCUUUCGGACAAUCAAAUUACAGUAUUUCCUGGUCAUCUUUUACGAAUGACGGAGAAAUUGGAUUUGAGUAGCAAUCAGAUUAAAAUUCUCAAUAUGAACGCAAUGAAAGAGUUAGAACGGAAUCCAAACCAGGAGUUAAUAGUUGACGACAAUCCGCUUGUCUUCCCACCAGCAGAAAUAACUGGACAAAAUGCUAUAUUAGCAUAUAUUCAGGAGGCUCGACUGAACACACCCGUGUACCGUGGAAUGAAGAUUUUGGUUAUUGGAUCGCAUAGAAGUGGAAAAUCAAGUCUGAUUCAAUCUAUGGUGGACAAUCAAGCAAGGCUGGCAGAAGAUCUAAAUGAAAGUGUUGCUGGAAUUGAUCUUUACGACUUAGUGCUUGACUGUGAAAUGAAAGUCAAAAAUGAAGAGGAUGGAAAGAUGCAAAAAGAAAUUCGUCCCCUUCAACUUUGCCUUUGGGAUUUCUGUGGACAUCCUUAUUACCAGUUUCCACACUACUUGUUCUUUGAACAACCUUCGGUUGCUUUACUAACUUUCAACAUGAAAGAGUUUACUCCGCAAAAAUUCAACGACAUGAUAGGAUGCUGGCUAGAUUGGAUGAUUGCAAAGACAAAUAGUCUAAAGGUUGUGCUAGUUGGAACCCAGUGUGACAAAAUGUCAAAGGAGAAAAUCAAGGAAGUAAAAUCUGAAGUGAAAAAACAGAUGACCGAAUUCAAAAACUACCACGAAAGUAUUCUUAAUGAAAGAAUUAAUCACAUAUCCCAGAAGUCAGAGAUCUCACCAACUCUUACUGAGAGGAUGUUUUCGUAUAGGAAGCUAUUGAUCUUUACAGAUACUUUCACUGUACAAUCUGACGUCAUAGCUACAUCAUCAGCAGAGUUUGUAGGGUUUGACCAGCUUCGAAAAAGCAUUGAACUAAUCGCAAAAGACGAAAACCAGUUCCCACCAACUCCGGAGUAUAAUUUACCACUCGUUUUACACAAAGUAAAGACAUUCUGGGUUGAUGUCGAAAACUAUCUAGAUGAGAAAUCCAAUUCGAUGGUGGUUCCCAUAAUGCCUUGGGAUGAGUAUGUCGAGGAGGUAACAACAAAGUUUGGAAUGAAAAAACAAAUUAAAGACAUUACGCAAUACCUUCAUGUGACUGGCAAGGUGCUUUGGUUUUCCACGGCACCCGUUCUUUGUAACUAUGUGUUUAUACGCCCAGCCUGGCUGUUUGAAUUACUACGUAAUAUAUAUCGUCAUGAUUUCGAAGAAAAAGUUGACUUUGCCACUGACGAUACUUACAAGCAGAUGGGAUUUUCGCAGACUCGAUUUGACAGAAACAAGAGAGAGUUGCUGCAACAAGGAGUAAUGGACAAAGACUUUUUGCGUGCCAUCGUUGGUUACCUUAUUCCCCCUGAUAUGAAAGAACAAUUCAAUUUCAUGUUAGAUAUACUUCUUCGAGGUUUCAAAAUAGGUUAUCCCGCUGCAAAAAAGACCAAGGAAAUGACAUAUAAUCUCAGCCCUGAAAUUGAAAAUGUCGACAAUGUUUCCAAAAUAUUGAUACCGUGGAUUAGAAACACAGAGGAACCUGAAGAGGUGACAUCAUUAUGGGAAGACCACAACGACCGGGAAAGGGUAGCUGCCUUAUUGAGAUUUCCAAAAUACAUGCCGCCAGGUUUGUUCGAGCUUUUGUGUGUUGGUGCACAAAAAGUGGAGAAGCAUAAUCUUACCUUCAAAGCACAUUGGAGCAACGGUAUUUUAGCUCGACACAAUAAAAUCGACGCUGUACUGAUGAUUAGCUAUACAAAUGGCCCAAAAGGGAAGGGUGCUAGUUUGAAGUAUGAGUUAAGAGAUGACAGCCCAGACCCAAUGUAUUAUCCAACAAGGCCAGCGGCAAUGUGGACAAUACUUCUUCCGCUUCUACAAGACUUUGAAGAAAUAAUUAAGUCAUUUAAAGGUGUCCUAGUCGAGAGACAGAUGCUCUGCAAGUUUUGCCAAAAUCCUUCUUUCCUUGGAGAAUGGAAUACGCCAAAAGAGACUCAGAAUCUGCCGGAGAAAAUCUGUGAAGUUUGCAACGAGAAAGUAGACACUGAUACUUUGGUUCAGCAACGAGAGGAAAAAAGAGAUGACGUGCUGCUUAAGUUAGGAGAAAUUCGAGCACGAAGAAAAGGCGCCAUGGCAAAAGGAAUGACUCUUCAGCAGAUGCUUCACGAAGAAGAAUUAGAUAAUCCAAACUAUGGUCGCGAACGACGCAGAAACGUAUGAAUGAUUCAGACACCUGAUAUGUCUAGUCUUCUGCCGAUCCCAACCAUAAAUGUAGGGUCCGGAGAAGAAUCAGAAACUGUUGAGGCAGACGAUGCAACCCAGGAAAAUAUGGAGAAUAUCCGCACACUUUUUCUCUUGAACUUUCCUGUCAAUGAUGACGAGCAAAUGUCAGCAAUGGAAACACGUGACCAGAGUGAAAGCGACGAAGUUGUUGAUUGAAAUCGACAUCGGACAAUACGAUAACUACAAUCACUUAAAGUACUUUCAUCAAAGUAUGACAUUCAAAGAGUUUUGAGAGCCUUGUUAUGUCAAUCUAUUAUAAUAACGAUGGAUAAGUGAGGAAGUUUUCACUCUGUAGAAUUUAUGAUUUGUUUAGAUAUGAAAUUAAGGAGAGUCAUUGCUUUGUAUGAUUUUGCACAGUUUUACAAUUAAAAAAAUAUGGUGCAUUGUAAGUUUUAACAACGCAAUAAUGUUUCUGUUUUGUUUCCAUUAAUUCAUGUUUGGAAAUCAGAUAUGUUAUGUGUUAGAUUUUAGUAUUAUAUGUUACAAAGGAAUUGUUUGUAUUGCACCAGCUGUUAAAAUUUCGCUAUCAGACUUCAAUUUCCUAUUAUCAUAUAGUUAUUUAUUUAUUCGUUGAUUCUUUAAAUGUUGUAAGGGUGGUGAUGGCUCAUUCUUAGUAGCUCAAAUCUAUAUAUGUACAUUUAUUGUUUUAUUGUAUCAGU